GAGGAAAUUUUGCUGCCCCGUAAGAGUUUUACCCAUCCUACUUCGGUCGAUAACCAAAUGGUAUGUUUACAUCUUUCAUUUCGUCAACGACAUCUCCGAUGCGCGCUUUUCAUGAUGAGGCAAGACUAUUCACAGACCUGUACCGAAAGUAUACAUGUGGAAACAACUUCGUCCAACCGCUGUCUGACAUCCAAGCGCUAUUCAUCUUCAUUGUUACCGGAUCAUUUUGAGAGCCUUGGCUAACAUCAAAAAAGCCUUCACAGAGCACUAUUCGCCCGAGGCGCAGAACCUUGAACCAC